AGGGCAGUCACGAUGGGCGUCCAGAACCAACUUGUACCUACCUACUCGUUCAACUCUGUGAAGUCGAACAGACUCAAAAUCAUCAAUCUUCUGCAUACAAUCCAACCAAAAAGACAACCAACUAACCAACCGAUUUGACUUGACCAUUCGCUGGUCGAAAUGAAGCAACACUGCCCCUGAAUAAGACGGAAAAAAUGUGCAAAACCUACCGCCAACGAGUCUUUUGCCCAGGAGAUACUCACAAGAGCAAAAUAGUGAGGACCGUCAGGGCCGUCGACGUUGAUACCUCUGGGAACUCCAUAUUGCGGGAGGCGGAGGACAACAACAACAACUCGUGUAAAUGCGGCAUAGUCGACAUGCUCUUCCUCCCACCCGUCAUCGACUACAGCCUAGAAAAGUCUUGUGCGGGGUGUAUAGAGGAGGAGCGAAUACUGGUAGGGAGGGUGAUGUCGUUGAAGAAGGCGAUUGAGGAAGAUGGCGAAGAAGAUGGGGAUGGGGAUGGGGAGUUGGUGCCGAUCGGGAUGAGAGUAGAAGGACGCAAUAAUCCGGGUUCUUCUACAGAGGCGAAUGGCGAUGGGACUACCUCUUCUACCUUUGCGUUGACUGGGGCUCGGUGUAUACCUGUCGGCGGCGGCGGCGGCGUCAGUGAACCAAGUUGUCUGCCUUCAGAGAUAGGGAAGCCGGUUGCUCCGGCUACGGGCCCGGGGUAUAUCUCUGUUCCUGUUUUUCUCCCUAUCGACGACGAUGUCGAUGAGAGGAGGAGACGAGAAAGAGUCGGGGGUGAAGCAUUCACUUCUAGCGAGAAGUUCGUUAACUACCCUCAGGCUCUUGUCAAUGAUAGAAGUAAGUGGUUCAAGGGCUAGAAUUCCUUUCCAGUCUUCUCUCUAAUUCGAGCGCGUUGACGAUUACUGACGAUGUUUUUUUUUUUUUUUACCCAGAUGUCAUCCCCCCGCGUACGACCUCGACGAGACUUGAUCAUCCUGAUAUCAAGAUGUGGGAGAGUUUCUAUGUGUCAUCUGUCUUUCGGCCUUUCGGUAGAGACACUCAUGGGCCUUGAGGAAGGUAAAGGUGAAGUUGGCAUAUCGGCUAUCGACUAUCGACUGUGAACCCUGGCGGUUCAGCAGAUGCAUUGACAUCGGGUCACCUCACGAUAUCUUGAGAGUCACCGGUAAAAGGCAAGGUGUCGGAUAUUGUCUGCUGGUGGUUUUGCUUCUCUGGACAUACGUAUGUCAAGCAGGCAGUAGACCGAGGUGGGAAAGU